GGGCGGAGCUAAUCUGAGAGGCGCAAAAGUCUCCUCGGAGAGCUGCGAUGGAAGGGGAAUCUCACAUCGAGGGUCUAAGAAGAUGGACGAUUUCCUCUUUGACCUGAAGCCAGUAUGACCUGAAAAUCCAGCGUCUUGACAUCUUUGUCAAGGUUUUUCAUAGAGUUAUUGUUGUGGCAGCUGAAUUGAUGCUUCAAGAACACUCCAUGAAGUCCUAGAGCAGGCAGUAAUGGAAGGCCCUUUGCAGACUGCCAUUCAGGUGUGCCAUGAAAACGAUCAAUGGAUGUCACGAUUACCUGAGAAACUCUGGGAUAUUCCCCUCUAUAAUUUAGCUCUUCCAGGGAGCCACGACACUAUGACCUACUGCUUGGAUAAAAACUCUGCUGUUAGUGGCAAUGAAUCCAAGGUGGUGAAGUUUUUAAACAAAUGUAUGCCCUGCAUUGUGCACCCCAUUAUCAUGAAGUGGUCUACAACACAGGUACUGACUGUGACAGAGCAACUUGAGGCUGGAGUUAGAUACCUGGAUUUCAGGAUUGCCCACAAGGCCAACGAUCCAUCUAUGAAUUUGUACUUCGUGCAUAUGGUUUACACAACUGUUACUGUACAGGAUAUUCUGUGGGAAGUAUUAAGGUGGUUGGAAACUCAUCCUCGGGAAGUUGUUAUCUUAGCCUGCAGGAAUUUUGAUGGAUUAACCAAGAGACUUCAUCGUCGUCUUAUUGCCAGUAUAAAAGAGAUUUUCCACUUUAAACUAUGUCCCAGACAUGUAGCCCCAACCCUACGGACCAUGUGGCAGCGUGGCCAUCAGGUGAUAGUCUCGUAUGAGGAGGACAUGGAAGUGGAGAAGCACCGGGAGCUCUGGCCUGCGAUCCCAUACUGGUGGGGAAACAAAACUGCCACCCGUGCCCUUAUCCAGUAUCUAGAGCACAUGAAGCGGAUGGGCCGCCCAGAAAAAUUCUUUGUAGCGGGGAUUAACCUUACUGAAAAUUUAAGGUAUAUUCUUGUACACCCAUUUGGAUCACUGAAGAAAAUGACACUCCAGAGCCUUCCAUACUUGAAAAUCUGGAUAAAGCAGCAGUAUCCAGGACAAAAAAAGGAAUGUAUUAACAUCAUUGCUGGAGACUUUAUAGGAAAUGAUGAUUUUGUCAGAGAUGUGAUAGAACUUAACACAAAAAUUAAUCCUCCAUUACAGUGCCAAAAUAAAGGGGCUGGAACAAACAGCAUUUAAUUCUCAGCUUCUUAACCUGUUGAAAAGCAGAAAAGGCUUUGUCUACAUUUAACAUGUCGUGGUUUAAACAUAAUGGAUCCCAUAAUGGUCCACUUAAACCAGAAAUGUUCUGAAGACUCGGUAGGAAAAGUGCUCUUAACAUUGCCAGGGUUUCAAGGCCUUUUCACAGAAGACAGAGCAGGCAGACCUUGAUGAAGUCUCUAGAGAAUCAUGGUAUAAUUUACUUGGAGGUGCUUAGAUUCUGUAGGAGUUGGCAAUAUUGAAAGUCUCAAGAACUUAAUCUUAUUUUUCAUAUUAGCAAAAGAGAGAAAUGUCAGCACCUGCCUGAAUUAUUUUGGGGUAAGAUUUUAUCUUUCUUACCACUGUAAAGAUAUUCUGCACUCCCUGCAACCCCAAUUCUCAGCCUUUUAUAUCAAUGUGAAACUGACUUGUUAUCAUGGUUUGUGUUAAAUAUAUGAAAGGAACUGUUUAAAAGUAUUUCUGAUGUAUCAAAGAAUAUAUUGACAUGAUUUUUAUAUAUACACCAAUAUGUCAUUACCAUUGGAGAUCUAGAAGCAACUGUACUGUUGCUGUGUGCUGAGUAUCAUUUGUGAGCCCCUUUACCAACAGGGUAGUCACAAGAUUCUUUAUGAUUUCUAAGAGGUAUGUGUAUUUGAGCAUGCACUUACUCUAUCACUCAUGCCAGUUUUGCAGCAAUAAAGAUACCAAAACUAGGCCCCUAGACAGUUUUGUCUGUGGUAAUUAAAUGUUUUAUUAGGUACUGCCAAAAUAUGCCUUACCUUGAAAAUGUAACAAGUUCUUUAAACUCUGACAGCUGUAGAAAUACAGAUCCUUGGCUAUUAUCAUGCUCAUUUGGGGUUUCACAUCUGGUCUUUUACUUAGCUAUUUUAGUAGCUCUAUUAUUAUUUUUCCUCUCAGUAAGUAGUUUUUGCUUAUGUAAAAACCAAGGGGCUUAUGCUGUUUGCCAUUGCACAUUAGUCCUACUGAGUUUUUUAAAUGAACUGUGCAAUAACAGAUGCUCAUGAAGGUAAGAGAAAUGGCAAGCAUCAGGACUAAACCAAAAGCAGGCACUGCACAAAGUUCACUGUGCAGCUUCAUCAAUAUACCUCACUUUUUAGAUGCACUUUAUAUACAAAAGCUGUGUUCAAAUGUCUGGUGAGAUGUGAAAUGUUUGCAGAAGUUUUAAAUCAACUACUACUUGCCAUCACAUCCAACUCACCCUGGACACCUCAGCAUGAAAGGCUAAGAGGCUACCUCUUUGUGCAAUCUCUUGCAAUUGCAGAAGACAUGAAAACCUAAGCAUUCUACUUCUAAAAGGAGAGUUUCUAAACGCUUUUUUUACAGUUGCUUUUAUCUUUGUUCUUAUCUCUGUGUACUCCAUACUGAGCAGUCACUCAGUUCUGAUUUUUUUUGAGUCACUACCUGCAUGAAGUGUUAUACAUACUCCAAAUGUUUUUCUGCCCAUGUUUUAUACCCUCAAGUAGCUUGUUACUCUACCUAAUAAAAUCCGUGUCUGUAA